CGGCUCCAGCCGGGUCCCUAGCUCCAGCCUCCGGCUGUGCGACCACGCGCUGCACUGGGUGUCCCCGCUGCGCUGCAGUGCACAGGGGCUCACUGGGUCCCAGCAGCGCACGGGGGCCGCCCGUCUCCGAGCCGGGAUCCCGCGCUGCCUGUCUGACCCCAGCUCGCUGCUUCUCUGCUUCCCCCCCUCUGCACCUCUGUCAUGAACAGGACGCAGCUGAAGCGCUCUGGGAUCCUCAGGAUGGCUCUGAGCGGCUCCUCUGACCCCCUGCUGCAGCAGGAGGAGGGUGGCAGCGGCAGCAGGGAAACCCCCUUCCUGUUGAAGGCUAUCCAGAUCGCAUUGGUAGUCUCUCUCUACUGGUUCAUCUCCAUCACCAUGGUCUUCCUCAACAAGUACCUCCUGGACAGCCCCUCGCUGCGCCUCGACACCCCGCUCUUUGUCACCUUCUAUCAGUGUGCUGUCACCGUCAUCUUCUGCAAGGCCCUCAGCCUGCUGGCCUCCUGCUGCCCACUGGGCUACCUGGACUUCCCCUCCAUCCGCAUGGACCUCAAGGUGUCCCGCAGCAUUCUGCCCCUCUCUGUGGUCUUCAUCAGCAUGAUCACCUUCAACAACCUGUGCCUCAAAUACGUUGGCGUGGCCUUCUACAAUGUGGGGCGCUCGCUCACCACUGUCUUCAAUGUCCUGCUCUCCUACCUGCUCCUCAAGCAAACCACUUCCCUGUAUGCCCUGAUAGCCUGUGGGGUCAUUAUAGGUGGAUUCUGGCUGGGCAUAGACCAAGAGGGAGCAGAGGGCACUCUGUCAUGGACCGGCAUAAUCUUUGGGAUCCUGGCAAGUCUCUGUGUCUCACUCAAUGCCAUCUACACCAAGAAAGUGCUGCCUGCUGUGGAUGGCAGCAUCUGGCGCCUGACCUUCUACAACAAUAUGAACGCCUGUGUCCUAUUCUUGCCCCUCAUGCUGCUGCUCGGUGAGUUCCACACCCUCUACCACUUCGACAAGCUGGGGAACCCUGGUUUCUGGGGCAUGAUGACCCUGGGAGGAGUGCUUGGCUUUGCAAUCGGUUACGUGACGGGACUCCAGAUCAAGUUCACCAGCCCACUCACCCACAAUGUGUCUGGGACGGCUAAGGCCUGUGCCCAGACAGUGCUGGCUGUCUGCUACUAUGAGGAGACCAAAAGCUUACUGUGGUGGACAAGCAACAUGAUGGUUCUAGGAGGCUCCUUUGCCUACACAUGGGUAAAAGGGCUGGAGAUGAAGAAGGCACAGGAGGAAUCCACUCCAAAAACAGGCGAGAAAAAUGAGACUGGCGUCUAGACCAGCUCCAGUCUGCACUUCUGCUGCUGUGCCUAUGGAGUGGAGCUUCAAUGGGAAAGAAGCCAGGAUCAGGAACCUUCAGGGCAGGAAAACAUUGAAUUAUGCAGUGCAUAGAAAGGGGUGUCGAGAGUGAAGCCAAAGGCGUCCUGUAUAUACAGUGUGUUUACUAAAAUUGUGAUGGAGGGG